CCGGCAGGGCAGGGGCCGCGGUGCGCAGCCGCCGCGCCGGGCACACACCUGCCGCCGCCGGCGCCGGGCUCGGGGCGCGGAGGGGCGCGCAGCCGCGAGGCGGCGCCGGGCUCGGGCGCGGAGGGGCGCGCAGGCGGCGAGGGCCGGCCCCACGGCGGUGAGUGAAGGUGCAAGAAGCUGGAUGGUGGAAACCCUGAGGAGCAGCGUCAGUCGCGCAGCGCAGCCGGAACCAUGUCUCUGCCCUUCCGAAAAGAGUUGGAGAAAUAUAAGAAUAUCAACGAAGAUGAAAUACUCAGUAAACUCUCAGAGGAUGAGCUGAAACAGCUCGAGAAUGUUCUUGAUGACCUUGAUCCUGAGAACGCCUUGCUUCCAGCGGGAUUUCGGCAAAAGGACCAGACCACUAAACCUGCCACGGGCCCUUUCGACAGAGAACGCCUGCUGUUGUACCUGGAGAAGCAAGCGCUUGAGCACAAGGACAGAGAAGACUUUGUACCGUUUACGGGGGAAAAGAAAGGAAAAAUAUUUAUCCCUAAAGAAAAGCCCAUAGAAACCUGUACAGAAGAGAAAGUGACCCUGGAUCCGGAACUGGAAGAAGCCCUGGCCAGCGCUUCGGACACGGAGCUCUAUGAUCUUGCAGCUGUUCUUGGAGUGCACAACAUGGUCAACAACCCAAAAUUUGAUGAAGGAGGAGCCCGCAGUAAAGAUGGAAAAGGAACCGUGAGAAAUGUGGUGAAAGGUGAAAAGGUCAAACCCAUCUUUGAGGAGCCACCUAACCCGACCAACGUGGAAGCAAGUUUACAAAGGAUAAAAGCAAAUGAUCCUAGUCUUACAGAAAUUAAUCUCAACAACAUAAAGAAUAUUCCUAUUCCAACACUGAAAGAAUUUGCAAAAGCUUUGGAGAGCAACACACAUGUGAAGACAUUCAGCCUGGCAGCUACUCGAAGCAAUGACCCUGUAGCUAUUGCAUUUGCAGAUAUGUUGAAAGUGAACAAAACCCUGAAGAGUCUGAAUGUGGAAUCCAACUUCAUCACUGGGACGGGUAUUUUGGCACUGAUUGAUGCACUGAAAGAGAAUGAAUCCCUGACAGAGAUUAAAAUUGACAACCAGAGGCAGCAGCUGGGGACAGCUGUAGAGAUGGAGAUUGCCAAGAUGCUGGAGGAGAACUCCAAGAUUCUCAAGUUUGGAUACCAGUUCACAAAGCAAGGUCCAAGAACCAGGGUAGCAGCAGCUAUCACUAAGAACAACGAUCUGGUCCGUAAAAAGCGGGUGGAAGGAGAGCGGCAAUAGCCACAUCAUAGAGGAUGCAAGACGAGAUCGAGGCCACCACCAACUGCAAUCUCCGUGUUCACUGCUCAGAAGGGAAAGCACUGGAAAACCAUUAUAAUGGGAGUUGCUUAUUUCUGUUAAUGCCACCUUUUAAACCUUGAGAAUGCAGCCUGUUCAUUUUUAACUUUCAUGGUUAAUUUAACUUUUAUGAGAAAGAUUCAUAGUGGGUUUAAUUUUAGUGAAAAAAAAAUGUUUUGCAAUAUCUGAAGCCAAUAUGAAGAAUCUUAACUGUGUUGCUGAGCAUAACAUGUAGUGACAUUUACCCUUAUUUUAGACACUUUUUGAUGUGUUAAAAUAUGAUCUUGUGUAUGGAUAAGGGAUUCUCUGCUGAAAAUAGCAAUUUUAGGGCCAAGUUCUGCAAUGCCUUACAUUUGUGAAUAAUCCUUGUACGGGUGUGGUCCUGCUGAACCGACUCCUGCAAUGGGAUGCUCCCGGGAGCACAACCAGUAACGCCAGCGUAGGUUUGCGGCAUCUCUGCGCCUCUUUGGGCCUCCCUGCCGCAGCAGAACCAGGACAGCUGGAGCGGCGCCCUUCUACCUUCCCGGCUCUCCACCUGUCCAGGUCCAAGCGCAGGAUCACGCCUAGACCUACAAACAUUGUCAAAGCCUACUUGUUUACAUCAACUUACAUUAGGUGGAUCGUUUUGCAAUGUUACACUGAUGCUUGUUAUCCUUCCUCCACAUUGUAAAGUAACAUUAGUGCUGCCAAUCCUGUAGACUUUGAAUGUUUUGGAAUUUUUCCUAGGCCAACAGGUUUUUGUUUGCUACUAGAAUGCACAGUUUACAGCUAUUAAUCUUAGUCUAAACAAGUAUUCUGAGCAAUAUUUGUUUUGCUUUGAGCCAUGUGUUUGACUUGCUUUAGUUCUCAUAUUUAUGUACUUUUGUUAGUAUUAUAGAAGUGUUCUCAGGACCUUUUAGAUAAAGAUUAAUGAAAUUGUUAAGCCAGGAGAGCAGCUAUGCUACCAGGGGAAAAAAUAUGUAUCAAAAAGGCAGUUGUGACAGCUCCAUAACUUACAUUUACAGGCUCCGGUUCAGGUUUGUCCCUGUAUCAUAAGGCACUUAGGUAUUCGCAUCAGCACUGAGCUGAAUAAGGGCAGAUUUCAGCAUACGCACAAAUGCUUUGCUAAAUCAGGGCCUUAACUCAGAUGCUGGACUUAAUCUUAACCCAGCGGAAAACACUUGCGAAGCAGCAGCUAACCCCAGUUCUCAGCAGCAUCAACAUUUUAGUAACAACUCAGUCUGAUGUUUCAUCUCGUGCGUUUUACAGUCUAAACCUACUCUCUGCCGUGGUUUUAGCACUGCCACCAGCUGUCUCUGCCUAACAGCCAGGGCUUCCCUCUGGUUGCACAUACAGGCACUGGAAGGGCCAAGGGAGACCCGGGUCAGGCGUGUCACACAUAUCAGUGCUUUCAGAAAGCUGCAGAAAUGCACCAGGGGCUAUCGCUGCUACCCUAGAAACAGCGGCCUCUCCUCCGAGAGCUCCAUCAGGACAAGGGGACGAUGGGGAUGAAGGUGAUGGCCUCACCCCAGUGUCAGGCACCGGGGGAUCAGAAUCACGGAGAGCACCAGCAGCCGUCAGUACCUGCUUGGCACGUUUCCCCAAGUGAUGUUUUAGUGAUCAGAGCUGGAGCGCAAGCUAGCAGGAUGAACCCUCCCUCCGUGCCUUUCAGAACGGAAAGGAGUAGGUCAAAGGCACCACUGUGCCUGCUGGGUGAUGGUCUUCACGCUGGAGUCCAAACCGAAUAACAUACACUUAAAUCCCACUUAAAACAGUUUGUUAAAGUGGCUUGCUGAGCUGGGAUCUAAAGCACAGUAUCUACAGUUUACUUCUCUGGAGAGCUUCUAGUCUUUGCAAUUUCCACCUCUCCUUCCCUUCCUCAGAACAAGGCUAAAACCUUCGCUUUGCAAGCGAAAAACAUAACACACAGGGCAGUGUUGCUGAGAUUUUCCCUGGAUCUAUGCAGGAUUUGCUGGGAAAAACUUUGAUGUCCCAUUUAAAAGAAAUGACAAGUUCUGUAACACAGUCAUAACUUUGCAUGGGCUUAAGUAAACAGUCCUUAAAAACACGUGAAUGACUGGGAGAUACUGGGCUUUGCAGCAUCAACUCUCAUGGGUAGGAAGAAUCCUCAUCCCCAAAAUGAAAAGACUGCAGUUGCUGACAGACUUCAGUGGUUACAGAAUCACACUGCCCAGUUAUCUUCUUUUCCUUGGAUACAACCAAGGGAAUACCAACUAUCAAUCAAUUUUUUAAGGCAUUUUGAAGUUUUUUUGGUUUAUGUUUUUUGGGGUUUUUUGUUUGUUUUUUAAGGGUGGUAUGCAUAUGUGUUUAAGGGAAACAAGUGCAAUCCAUUUUUAGUCUUAAUUGCCGCUUAAAGCGUUGGUGUUUGCAUGCAGCAGUUUUACGAGGAUGGAUGGGUCUGCUUGCUUCACAAAGUCUGCAGCACGUCACCCUGUACCACUUUGCUCAGAGCCGCGCAGGUGGUUACACAGCCAGGCGGCUCCGUCCACGUCAGCUCUAGUUUGCACCAGGGACCAAGGCAGGGCUGGGGAAGGCCUCGGGGGCUCUCCACCCAUUCCUCUGCCGUGCUCUCGACACUCGAGAGCUUCAUCUCACACACCAGCCCCGCCAGACAGUGCCUGGAGCUGCGCAGCCCAUGGCGGGCACCUGGGAGCUCUGGCUCCUUCCAGCUGACAUGAGAACUCCUAAACCCUCGGCCUCUUCUCCAGGCAGCUGCUGCCAGCCCUGCGGGGGGCUUGGUGACCAGGGACACGUCUGUCCUGCCUCUUGUGUGCUCUGCACAAGGGCUUGGUUGCCACCCGGCCCGGAGCAUCACCAGUCGCACAUUGCAACGGUUUAGAGAUCCGUGUGAUACAACACCACCACACGACGGUGAUGCUCAAAGCCAGAUUUUCAUAUUAAUACAGGAUUAUUUAGCUGGUUAAAAAUCUCUUCAAUUAACAUGAAGGGGGGCAGGGCAUGACUAGUUAUUUUAAAUGUUACUUUCAAGCAACAUUGGGCAUACUCAAUGCUGAAUGGGGAACAGGGACAGAAGAGUCCUUUUCUCUUAAGCGAACAUCCAGGAGUAACUGUCUAUUUUUGCACAUUGCUUCUCGUGUUGACAGCUUCAGUUUGGUUUGUAUUUUUUAUACAGUUUUUUCACGGAAAAGCUCAACUUUGUGCGUGUCCUAACAAAUAUGUGAAUUGUAGCGUGCACUAGAACCAUAUGUGUACAUGUAUAACUCUAGAUAAAAUGAUAUUUCUGGAAGAAAAGUAAUUGCAUGCGCACACCGUGGUGCAUAUUACUCAAGAGGAAGGGAAUUACCAUGCUAUGUAACAGUGACUCCCCAGCGUUGUGGUUUUUCUAAAUAAAUCAUCAUGAAGGAUUUGGA